AUGGGUGGGAAUGAACCUAAUUGUAUGAUCACAGAUCAGGAUCCAGCAAUGAAAAUUGCUAUUAGAAGUGUGUUUAAGAAGACUGAACAUCGGUUCUGUAUGUGGCACAUAAUGAAAAAGUUACCAGAUAAGGUGGAGAAAUCAAUCAUGCAAGAAGAAACUGGUUAUAUGUACAAGAUAAGAGACAAGUGGAUUCCGGCCUAUUUCAGAGAUGUGUUCCUUGGAGGAAUAAUGCGUACAACAUCAAGAUCGGAAAGUGAAAACAACUUUUUCUGCUCCUUUAUCAAUCCUCAUGUGUCCCUUGUUGAGUUUUACUUGAGAUAUGAAGCUGCAAUUGAUGCCCAGAGACACACUCAAGGUCAGAAUGAUAAUGAUUCAAAGCACAAAUAUCCUGAGUGCAAAACACCACUAGGGAUAGAAAAGCAUGCCUCACAUUUAUAUACUAACUCUGUCUUUUAUGAUUUUCAAUACGAGAAAGAAAAUGAAUUGGAAAUUGCAACAAAAGCAAAAAGGUUUGAAACCAUUCCCGAGCAGUAUAUGUUACACAGGUGGACUACUAUGGCAUUAAAGAAACCAAUUUUUGACUUGGGAGGAAACCUGUUGGAGCAAUGUGCUAAUAUAAUAGACAAGAAAAAAUUGUUAAAUGAUUUAUGGUCAGAGAUACACACUUGUGUAAGUUUGGCAGAAGGCAAAGAUGAAGAUAUUCAAGACCUUGUGAUAAAUCUUCAAGGAAUAAGAAAGGAUUUGGAAGCAAAGAGGAUUGAAAGAAAUAAUGAAACAACAGCUGGAAGUGCAAAAAACAAAGAGCAAGACAUUGAGCUAUUGAUUGGAGCUAGUGUGCCAAUUGAAAUAAUUGUCAAACCUCCAAAAGUUUCAAAGAAUAAAGGGACUGGAGUUCAUGUAUCAAAUGAAGAGACUUCAAAAAAGAAAGCGAUUGAGAUUGAUGUGUCAAAUGUUGAAACAAGAGGUAGAAGUGCAAAAAGGCUUAAGGGAGAAAAAGAAAAGGCUUUUAAUGCUUUGCAAUAUUGUUGA